CUCUCUGACUCUCUUUUCUCUCACAUUUCACCAUGCACUCUGGACCAGAACACCGGACCUGUUGGAUCUGAAGGGAUUACUACAGAACUUUAUGAAUACUCCAGUUCUGCACGGAUGAUGCGUUUUGCGCUUCAGCUACUCAAUGAAAGAAGAGACGCGCAACAGAAGAGAUGGGCACCGUUCCUGGACUUUCUCCUCCCCGCUCCUGGGGAAAAAGUGGUCACAGCGCAGUGUUGCUUUUACCUGUAGUGGCGAUUCUUCUGCAGCUUUGCGCCGCUUUUAACUUGGACACGGAGAAACGCGUCGUUUUCACCGGACCACCGGGGAGCUACUUCGGAUAUUCAGUGGAGUUCUUGAGCAACUCAUCCAGCUUCAGUGUUUUGAUCGGUGCUCCGAAAGCCAACACCAGCCAGCCGGACAUCACUGAAGGAGGAGGCGUGUUCUCGUGCCCCUGGAGACACGAUAACUGCAGCAUGAUCCACUUCGACAAGCAAGGCGAUCGAUAUUUUUACAUAAACAACGUGAACACUCAGGUGGAGUUCAAGUCCCAUCAGUGGUUCGGAGCUACAUUGCGUUCCCAUGGCAACAGCAUCCUGGCUUGUGCUCCCCGGUACUACUGGAGAACCGAACAUGACGAACCCUUCGCUGAUGUCACAGGAACCUGCUACCUCUCUGUGGACAGUCUGAAAACUUUUGUUGAGUACGCACCGUGCCGAACAGAAAGACAUGGACCUGUUGGACAGGGCUUUUGUCAAGGUGGAUUUAGUGCAGACUUCACCAAGGACGGGAGGGUUGUGCUCGGAGGACCAGGCAGUUUUUACUGGCAAGGCCAGCUGAUCUCAGCCACCACAGAGGAGAUUGUGAAGGCCUACUACCCUUCAUACUUUCUACUGUCUGUCGCCGGACAGAUUCAGACCCGACAGGCGCAGGGGAACUACGACGACAGUUACCUGGGUUACUCUGUGGCUGGUGGCGAGUUCAGUGGGGAUGAUGAGGAAGAUUUCAUCACAGGAGUUCCUAAAGGACUCAUGCUCUAUGGUGUAGUGUCCAUAUUGAAUGGAAAGGACCUGAAGUCUCUGCUCAACUUGACAGGAGAGCAGAUGGGGUCUUACUUCGGAUACGCAGUGGCAGCGACCGACAUCAACAACGACGGUUUGGAUGACCUGAUAGUGGGCGCUCCGAUGUUCAUGCGUCGAGGGUCCGAUGGUCGUCUGGAGGAGCUGGGGAAGGUGUAUGUUUACCUGCAGAGAGCCCCUCUGAUGCUGGAGCCGAGCCAUCUGAUUGGUCAACAGGCCUUCAGUCGCUUCGGCACCUCGCUGGCUCCGCUGGGGGAUCUCAACCAGGACGGAUUCAACGACAUGGCCAUCGGCUGUCCCUAUGGAGGGGACGACCAGCAGGGAUUGGUUCUCAUUUAUAAUGGCUUUGCUGAAGGACUGAUAGACACGCCCACUCAGACUCUCUCCGGCCAAUGGGCUUCCAGCUCUUUCCCAGCAAGUUUUGGCUUUUCCCUGCGAGGCAACAGCGACCUCGAUCAAAACGGCUAUCCAGAUCUGAUAGUUGGUGCUUUUGGGGCUGAUAAAGCAGUUUUAUACAGAGCUCGACCAAUAGUGAGCGCCAGUGCUUCUCUCACGGUGCAGCCGACCAUGUUUAACCACGAGGAGAAGACUUGUGAGCUGAUCACAGGAACUGAAACCACCACCGUGUCAUGUGUCAGCAUCGGUUUCUGCCUGCUGGCUAAUGGGAAGCACCUCCCCUCUCAUCUAGGCUUUGUGGUGGAGGUCCAGCUGGACAGCGUGAAGCUGAGCCAGAAGGAGUCCAUCAGGAGGACUUUGUUCCUGGACAGCCAGCAGCCCUUUCUGCUGAAGACCCUCAGCCUGGAGAACGGAGAACGCUCGUGCCAUGAGACCAGGAUCUACCUGCGGGGGGAAGAGGAGUUUCGGGAUAAACUCUCUCCCAUUUUCAUCAGCCUGAACUUCAGUCUGGAUCCCGAGGCCCCGGAGGACCAGCAUGGCCUCAGACCGAUCCUGAAUUAUGAGACGGAGCAGCGAAUAGAGCAGAAGGCCCAGAUUCAACUGGAUUGUGGAGACGACAACAUCUGCGUCCCUGACCUCAAGCUGGCUGUUUAUGGUGACAGAGCGGAGGUCUACCUGGGCGAUGAAAACUCCUUGAGUCUGACGUUCAAUGCCAGGAACGAAGGAGAGGGAGGGGCGUACGAGGCCGAGCUCUACGUGGUUCUUCCUCCAGAGGCCGACUACAGCGGGAUCGCACGCAACAACGUGAGCCUGACUCAGCUGACGUGCAGCUACGAGGCAGAAAACCAGACUCGCUACCUGGUGUGUGACCUGGGAAACCCCAUGAAGUCUGGAACCAGCUUAUGGGCCGGCCUUCGGUUCACUGUACCCCAGACUGAAGGACACUCACAUUACUGUUCAGUUUGAACUCCAAUACGA